GGGCCGUGUGGCCAGGCCUGGUCCGGCACGUGCGGCCAGCGGCCCACCGACGGACUCCCCGGCCAGCGCGCCCGGGGCUGCUUGGAGCCUGCGGUGGAGCCGCCGCCCUCCCAGAUGCAGCGAUUGUUGUGGGCAGAAAGGUCUGAGGUCGUCUGGGGGAAUCAUCCACAGAAGGAGCGCACCUGAGCCCAGGUACCCCGCUUCCUGUCCCAGUGGUCCGGAUGCUGUAGCACUUCCUAUCUUCACGGCCAGUAGGCACUGCCGACCGGUCCAGCCCUGCCAUUGUCUGCCUCUGUGCUGUUAUCCAUCUGAAGAAGCAGGCGCAGCUUGGUCCCUUGUGUCCAGGGGUCCUCUUGAGCCAUGCCAGCAGGUCUGGACUCAGCUCCUACAUGGACUCUUCCUGGGAGCCUGCCUCCGUCCCCAGCUUGCUGGAGGAAAGGGUAUCUGUGCCCCAGUUCCUGCACCAUGAUCAGAGGACCCUGCCACCCAGUGCUCCUUGGAUUUCCCAGCUGGACCGCAGAACAGUGUGUUCUGAACCUCGGCGCAGAGCAGGAGAGCCUGGGGCUGACGGCACGUUACACUGUUUACGCUGAAGGAGCCUGUGUGCGGACAGGAAAGCACUGACUGUUCACAUGGAUCCCAUGGAGCUGAGAAGUGUCAGCAGCGCCCCUGAUGCUGAGCGCACCGGAGGAGAACGUGGGCAGGAUGGCUGCAGCUGGACGGGAAACGCAGCAAAGGCGGCAGUGAACGGUCAGCUCGCCCGUGACGGUGCCGAGGGCCAGAAGUUCCUGACGAGUGGGUUUCUGGGCGAGAAGCAGCUGGCGGACUACGGUGACGAACAUCACCCGGGGACCACCCCCUUCGGCAUGUCCUCCUUCAACCUGAGCAACGCCAUCAUGGGCAGCGGGAUCCUGGGCCUGUCCUACGCCAUGGCCAACACGGGGAUCGUGCUGUUCAUAAUCUUGCUGCUCACUGUGGCCAUAUUAUCCCUCUACUCGGUUCACCUGUUGUUGAAGACAGCCAAGGAGGGAGGGUCUUUAAUUUAUGAGAAGUUAGGAGAGAGAGCCUUUGGAUGGCCCGGGAAGAUCGGAGCUUUUGUUUCCAUCACGAUGCAGAACAUGGGAGCCAUGUCAAGCUACCUCUUCAUCAUCAAGUACGAGCUUCCGGAAGUCAUCCGUACCUUCAUGGGCCUGGAAGAAAACAGUGGGGAGUGGUACCUGAACGGCAACUACCUCGUCGUCCUCGUGUCUGUGGCCGUCAUCCUCCCGCUGUCUCUCCUGAAAAACUUAGGCUACCUGGGCUACACGAGCGGGUUCUCCCUGACCUGCAUGGUGUUUUUCGUCAGUGUGGUGAUUUACAAGAAGUUCCAGAUUCCCUGUCCCCUGCCGGACCUGGGGCACAGCGUGGGGAAUCUGACCGUCAACGACACAGCGCCCGUGCACAUGGUCGUCCUGCCCAACGGCUCCGAGAGGACGGGCGUGAACUUCAUGAUGGACUUCACGCAGCGUGAGCCCACGGGGCUUGGCGAGAGCCAGGCCAGGGCCAGCAGCAUGGAAUACAAGGCCCAGAGCGAGCGCAACUGCCAGCCCGAGUACUUCGUGUUCAACUCCCGGACAGCCUACGCGAUUCCCAUCCUCGCGUUUGCCUUCGUGUGCCACCCCGAGGUCCUGCCCAUCUACAGUGAACUCAAAGACCGGUCACGGAGGAGGAUGCAGACGGUGUCCAACGUCUCCAUCACGGGCAUGCUGGUCAUGUACCUGCUCGCCGCUCUCUUUGGCUACCUGACCUUCUACGGAGAAGUUGAGGACGAACUGCUGCACGCCUACAGCAGAGUGUACACCUUCGACGUCCUACUUCUCAUGGUGCGCCUGGCCGUGCUCGUGGCCGUGACCCUGACUGUGCCCAUCGUCCUGUUCCCGAUCCGGACGUCGGUGAGCACGCUGCUGUUUCCCAGAAGGCCUUUCAGCUGGGUGCGGCACGUCCUGAUCGCGGCCGUGAUCAUCACCCUCAACAACGCGCUGGUCAUCCUCGUGCCCACCAUCAAGUACAUCUUCGGGUUCAUAGGGGCUUCUUCGGCCACGAUGCUGAUUUUCAUUCUCCCAGCAGCUUUUUAUCUGAGAAUUGUCAAGAAGGAGCCUCUGCGGUCACCCCAGAAGGUGGGGGCUGUCAUCUUCCUGGCGACCGGGGUCAUCUUCAUGAUUGGCAGCAUGGCCCUCAUCGUCAUCGACUGGGUGUACAACCCUCCCACCUCCAGGCAUCACUAGCCGAGGGCGGAGGCCGCGCGCCCUCUUGCAGCCCAGACACCUGUGGGAGAGAAGAGCGCGGCAGGGUCCAGUGACGGUCACCGCACUGGCAAAGCGCUCUCUACUUCUGCCCUGGGCGAGAGCAGGUGCGGUCUCGUGACCUGCUCCUGCGGCAGACGCUGGGCUCCGGCACGUGGGCCAACGAGGCGUGUCCGCCCGUCCCCGCAGGGCUCAUGCACCAGAGGGUUCCUGGCACACGUCGGGACGUUACUGACUCGGCGCCCACAGCGCCGCGGCCUGAACCAGAAGUGCCUGCCCCUGCGGCCCCUUUCCUUGAACAGUGCCCACCCGCAUCUGCCACGCUGCGUUGGCAUGGACGCAUACUGCACUGCAGCGCGGGAAGCUGGUGUGGCCUCGCCCUGCCGUCACCAGGCCGCCGCCGCCGUGCGCCUGUCCGGCUCAGUGAUGCGCUUCGCUGUGUCCGGGAACGCAAGUGCCUUGUCUGCAGGAAUUCUCAGUGCCCAGAACAGAACUCACUGCAUUUAGCCUGGAGAGCCGUUCGCGCCGUGUGGCGCAGCGUCGAGUGGCUCCUGGGAAAACACGGAUGCCAGUGCUUCGGAGACGGGCAGCUGUCGCCCUCGCUCACCGCUGUGGUGUGCACUAGCGGGUUUGGACGUUCCGCCUGCUCGCGGGAAUCUCGUAGUGCCGCCAGCGACUGGAACCUGGGAUGAGCAUCUCACAUUGUCGUAAAGGCGGCUGGGGAAACCGCUGUUUCGUGUAUUCCUUUCUGGAAGCCGGAGCCCUGCGGGACAGCUGACUUCCGAGUGCUGCUCCUGGGAGCAUCUUUACGUCGUGUUUCCAUGCUGGGUCCCCUCAAGAGUGGGUCCAAACCAAGUGGAAACACUGUCUUCUAAAUGCUGAAAGUGUAAUCCGAAUGUAUUUAAGUAAAUAUUAAAGGUGAAUCCAAACAGUCGAGAGCUGUAAGAAUACCUGUAAGUAUUCCGCACGCUUCGCGCCGCGUCCCUGCGGCCCUCAGCCUUGCCCUUGCCUCCGUAUUCAGGAGCAGCAGCGCACGCUCAGGGCCGGAGGUCACGGGCCCGGCAGGGCAGACGCCUGAUUAAUUUAAUCCCACUUGUGAACACAUGAAAUUUAUUUUCUUACUUCAUUUAUAAGAUGGUUCAGUGUACUGGGAGACUUUUUUAUUAUGGGAAGUGUAUACUGGUAUAUAAUAAAUGGACUUCAGAUGA